CUAACCUAAUUCGGACCAGUCAGGCACCGAUUGCAGCCUUGUCGUUUCUUCCGUAAGCGAAGGCUCGAAGUCGAAAAUAUUUUCUGGAAACACUCACCCAGAUUCCUCAGCGGUAGUCGACCUACACCUCUUCAAAAUGGUCGCGAUAGCCAGCCUCCUCUUCUGCGAUGCUUGCGGAUCUCUUUUACCGCGGGUCAUCCCCGGCCAAAACCAGGAUGAUAUGGUCAAAUGCGACGAUUGUUUCCAGUACACCAAGGAUACCUCAUCUAAGGUCAUAACUUCUGUUUCCAAACCGAGUGCGUUUCCAUCGGCAUUGAGGUCGAAACACUCUGAAGUACAAAAUAUCAACGCAGAAGACCUGCAGGUCGAGGCAGUCAUCUCCAGAGAAUGCCCAGACUGUCACCGACCAGAAAUGUUCUACCACACGAAACAACUACGGAGUGCUGAUGAAGGCACGACGGUCUUUUACAGAUGCGAAUGCGGCUUCAAGGAUGUUCAAAACAACUAGGUUCAUUUACAUUCAUUGAUCCUAUCACAAAACG